AUGGCUUUUCCGGUUGCCUUUGUAGUGUCGUGGCUGUCCCUGGCCAUUCUGGCUGCUGUGGCAAGCGCCGAAAUCACAUCUGAGGCGUUCAACCUCACAGACAUGGACACGAUGCUCCAGUAUAGCAACAGUGCUGGUGCCAGCGAGAACACCACCUGGAGCACGACAUUCAACGGGGUGCCGCGGGCUGACUCGGGCGUGGGCACCCAUGUGCACGUCAACACCGUUGAGAACGCCACUGUCUCUCUCACUUUCGCCGGCACCAUGGUGUGCUUCCAAGGCGCCUCAGACGGAGCGGAAUGGUCCUUGUCAGUGGACGGUAUCGAGAAUGGAGCGAGGACUGGGGACCUUCCAUGCACGAAACUACUCGGCUUUUCCGAGCACACGGCCGUGUUGACAAUAAUCAAAGGCAAAGUCAACAUCACUGGCUGUAUGGUGAUGUCGGGAAUGGACCGCCAAGGCCUUCCCUCUCUCACACAAACAUCCAUCCAAGCUGCAUCGACAGGCUCCGAUGGCAUCCCGAAGCUGCAAGCGAACCCGUUCUUUACUCCCACCGCUGAAGGAGGCAGCCAGUGGACUUUCCGUUCGGCUGUGGGGAUGACACCGUACCCGGUCCUCGUAAGCCCGGUCCUCAGAAAGCCCGCUGGGGAAGCGUCGCUGUUGGCCUCGCUACCGGCGAACACGAGCUUUGUGGAGAUCUUCGGGGCUUCAAGGCUCAACGGGUCCGACUACAGCAUUGUCUUCGAGCCCCCAAGCAGCUUCCACAACAACUCUCAGAUACUACACUCGUACCGACCCUUCUUCGACCCCGUGACACAGUUCAUGACACCUCUGGACCCUACCGUGCAGUACAACAUGACCAUCAACAUGUGGUCCAAUCCUGAACUGGAGGUGGACACGUUCUUCUUCCUGCACAGCGUGGUCUUUUACACGGGGACAAACGGCACCGCGGCCGCAUCGGGGCGGCCGAGCAAAGAGAGCGGUGGCGGCGGUUCAACCCCGGGUUCCCCAGAGCCUGUGGCCACAAGUGGAGCACACUCCAAAGGCCUGUCAUCAGGUGCCAUUGCCGGUAUUGUUAUUGGAGUCCUCGUGGUUGUGGCCGCUGCCAUUGCCCUCGUGGUCUUCUUGGCACGUAGGAGAAAGGGGUCGACGACCUCUGCCAGCGCCACUGGCAUCGUUGGGACUGAUCACCGUGUCAGCGCACCUCGGCCGAUGGCGGCGUCCGAGAACGGAUCCAUACAGCCUCUCAUUCGCCAACAAGCCUCGCAUUCAGAGGCCAGAAGCCACGGCCACGCUAGGGCUGCGGGCCAGAGGCUUCAGGUCAACACCGCCCACCCACGCACUUUGUCAGUGGUAUCUGGCCCCGACGACUACAUGUUGUCGCAGUCGGGCGGUGACGACUACAAACUGUCCCCCGUCGAGGACGAACAUCCACCGUGGGCUGAAAAGCGCUAA